UUUGGAGACUCGACUGCAUCACUAUUUGUCAUGUAGGAGCGGGUUUGAUCAAGGUGUUGUUCUUUUAAAGAUGGUGUUAGUGAGAAGAGUGGUGUGAAAGAAUGGACGUCUUGAGAGGGAAAUGGAAGGAAAAAUGCAUUCUGAACGUUUGCGCUCUGCUCGUAUUGUGCUGGUCAGUAGACCCCUCCCUCUCGGCACCACCACCUCCUGAUAGGACCCGGGAGUUGCAAUGCCUUGAGGGGAGUCAUUACCGCACUGCUAACGGGACAUGCUGUCGAAAGUGCCAUGAAGGGUUUAAGUUGAAGGAGGACUGCACUAAAGAGGGUGAGAGCCAAUGUGAACCCUGUAAAGAGGGCAGGACAUACCUAGAGAGGAGUAACUACGCCAAGAACUGCCUCCGUUGUACACGCUGUGAUGUAGACAAUGAGGAAGAGGUGUCGCCAUGCAAGAAGAGUAGGAACACAGUGUGUCGCUGCAUUGAAGGCUUCUACAAAAAGAGAAUAGACUCAGUAACACGGGAGUGCCUCCGUUGCAAGACAUGUGGACCUGGAGAGAGAGAAACGCAACCAUGUACUCCAGAGAGCGAUACAGUGUGUGAAUGUAAGGGCUUCCGAAACAAGAAAAACAACAGGAACUGUCUUCCAUGCCAAAAUUGUAGAUCAGCUGACUGUCAGCAGGAGUGUGCUUCAGGCACAGAUCCCACUCCCAAACCUACAGACACUGGAUGGGGUGUUUGGUCUCCCUACCUGUUGGCUGCGUUCGGCUGUGUUUGUGUGGUGCUGCUGGUGGUGAUGGGGAUCAUGGGCGUACUAGUGGUCCGACGGAAACCGAAGGGGUCAAGCUCCUUUCUCUCUGCUGAGAUCACCUCUCAGGGCUCUGAGAAGUCUACUCGGAGGCUGAUCCAAGAGGCCUCGGAGAACGUUCUCAACCAGAGUAUCCCAGUGUGUGAGUGUGAACAGGAGCUCCUCAGCAAGCUACCGGACUGUGUCCCCAAGGAGAUCAAGAUCUCUGAGUUGAUCUAUUCGGUGUUGGACCAAGUCCCUCUGCGUCGUGUGAAGGAGCUGGUGCGUUCGCUGGGUGUGAGUGACAUAGUGAUAGAGAGGGCUGAGAAUGACCACCUCCGUGACACUAAGGAAGCCCAGUACCAGAUGCUGAGGGUCUGGGCUAAGGGAAGUGCUCAGGGAGGGGGAGAGGUGCUAGCACGCCCUCUACUGUACCACCUGCUGGAUAAGCUGAGAGACAUGGACCUGGGAGGGACUGCAGAGGAGCUGGAGACCAAGUAUGGAGAUCAGUAGAGGGAGAGAGAGAAGAUCAGACACACAGACUCAUCCCCUUGUCCCUGACCUCACUUGUAUAGACCUGAGAGAAUAGGAUUGGUACAGUGUAAGCAAUAUGGUAGUUGUUCCACCUGGUCCAGAUCUGAUAGACUAGGUGGAAGCGAUGCCAUGCUUUCACAAUAUUUCCUAAUGUAUUAUAUAACCUUUUGGCAGUGAGCCUGAUUAUUGAUUGCCAACUGUAACUUAUACUGUUCUCAUGUUUUUUUUGUUGCUCAUUCAAACCAAUGAGUGAGGAAUCGUAUGUUACAAAGCAGUUUUAGACAGUGCUGUUUGUAAAACAGGCAAACUUGUAAUGUGUCACACACAGGUAUGAGAACCACACUAAGAAUUUAGUUAAAUGCCGUGUUUAGAGUAAUACGGAUUUAACACCCAUCUAUAGUAUUACAGUUCUAUAUUACUGAGUAUUAGGUGGCGACAGGUAGCCAGUAACUGAAAGGUUGCUGGUUCAAAUCCCUGAGCUGGUAACGUGAUAAAAAUCUGUCUGUGCCCUUGAACAAGACACUUAACCAUAAUUUCUCCUGUGAAUCGCUCUGGAUAAGGAUGCUUAAAAUGUGAAAUGUAUUAUUUACUGGUGUUGCAGUAGUACUCAAGCUAAUAUUUCCAUAGGAACCUGUAUAGCUUUAAUCUUCCCUGUCUCUAUCUUGCAUUAAUCAACCACAAACAUAUCAAAAGAUAUUAGCAUUAUAUGUCAUAUUUGAAGUCUUUGUAUUGGUUUGUAAAUGGUUAUUAAUACUGCAUAGGAGGAUGUUGUAUAUUUGAAUGGUUCUUUGAUAAGUUGCUGUUUGGGCGUGAAGAUCAAACUACUGUAGUUUUGCUGUCUUUUACUACUGUCUUGAUGUACAUAUUCUUGUUUUACAAAAUAGGUUAGGGAUGUAUCAAUCUGUCAUAUUUCUUUACUAUUCAGUGUGCAGUGCAUUCCUCCUCGAACAAUCACACCCAUCCAGGUUGUCUCUGUGCCGUGGUUUUGGAUCACCACAAGUGAUUGAUUCUUAUCUGUACAGUAAUAGUUGUGUCAGUACUGUUAGGGCACAGGCAGGUCUUCUGCAGGUGUUGUCCCUGAGUUAUUGACAUUCCUUAAAGCCCCAUCAUCAUGCCGCCAUUGUUCAGGAUCACAUAGUCAGAGGACACACCUGUCACUCUGCAGGGCUGACUGAUCUCUGGGAGACUAAACAUGGAAACUAGGGAUGGAUAGAGUGGCAAUAAAAAGUAUGUGAACCCAUUGGAAUUACCUGGACUUCUGCAUAAAUUGGUCAUAAAAUUUGAUCUUCAUCUGAGUCACAACAAUACACAAACACAGUCUGAUUAAACUAAUAACACACAAACAA